AUGUGGCAGCUACAGCUCAACCUGAAAGCGGUUUCGAACAUGAUGACAGACAAGUGCGUCCUGCUGCAGUUUCUCCUCAUGAGGAAGGGAGGGAGGGAGGUGAUCCUGCAGGUGUUCCACGAUUCCCUGGAGCCAGGACGACAGUCGAGUCUCAGCGUACUAGGAGGCAUGUUCGACCAAAUCAGCCACGCCUACAAGACAAUGCUGUCACCCGAGGCCUCCUCGAAAAAAUACGAAGUUUCGAUAUCACAAAAGGACAUCUACACGCAGGUUUUCGUUCCGUUUGUCGAUCGGAAGGACAUGCAGUACAAGUUCCUAGUCGCAGUGGCUGUGGAGUACAUUCGCUCGUUGAACAAGCUGGCGAUUAUGGUAGAGCACUUCCUGCUCGAGAUGAUAAUGAACCUCCUCAUAGAGAACAAAUGCUACUACCAACUGCACCAGUUCCUGCAGUACCACGUCAUCAGUGACUCAAAACCACUGGCGUUUCUCCUCCUCUCACGAGAACUGGUCUAUCCUCCCGCCACCCAACUGGCGAUGGAUAUGUUCAAAAGACUCCAGACAGCAGACAGCGAAAUCAUAGACAUUCUCCUCACGAGGGGGCAGAUUUUGACGGCACUGCGAUUCAUCAAAUCCACCGACAAAGUCGAUACUGUCUCGGCGCGGCAGUUUCUCGAGGCGGCUGCAAACGAGGACAACAAAUCACUGUUUUACACUGUCUUCACUUUCUUUGUCGCUCGGAACAUGCGACUUCGACGAAGACCGGAAUUUCCACAAGACGAACACUGCCAACCUCACGAAGCCUUGUUCAAGAGAUGGUUUGGAGAUAAGACUUGA